UAUCUCUUCUUCUGAAAAGCUCAUGAGUACAAAAAAUGGGCAGAUAUUAAUUCAAGAAAUUUCUCGUAACUUAGCUGAAUCUGCUACUCCUUCAUCUAUUCAAAAGAAUGGUUCCAUAUGCGCAUUGUCUCCCAAUCCUUCAGAAAUUUCGCUUAUCUUGAGUAAGGAAAAUAUCAUUUGCUUAUAUCAAAGAGCCAGCGAUGCAGAAGUUAAAGAUAUCAUGACCAGCGAUAGAGUUG